AUGGCUGACCUGUUUCAUCUAUUGGUUUUUUACCUGUUGUUGCAGACUGAACUUUACUUUGGUAGAGUUGAUCUAUCACUGGAAUAUUACAGCCCUAAGAAUGAGCUGCAGUCACUCAACUCAAUCCUCGCACAAAUUGAUAACUUACUCUCAGGUUCUGCACAUACGAGAAUUGAUAGUCUCCAAGAAUUGCAUGAUCUAGCUGUAGAUAUGAUAACAGAUUUUGGAGAGAAGAAUAGUGAAGAAGUAAGGACUGAAAAGUGUAGCUGUGGUCCCGAAGAAACUUUAUUAGAGUGGGGUAAAAAACAUGGUGCAAGAACAAGGUUGCAGAUUGCUCAUGUUGAAGGAGCAGGAAGAGGAGUUGUAGCAUCAGAAGAUCUAAAAAUUGGCGACUCUGCUUUAGAAAUCCCUGAAUCUAUGAUCAUCUGUGAGGAGCUUGUUUAUGAAUCGGACAUGUUUCAUGUAUUGAAAAAGAUCAACACCAUCACACCUGAGAUAUUGUUAUUGUUGUGGAGCAUGAAGGAGAGGUACAACUCUGAUUCCAAAUUCAAGAUAUAUUUUGAGACAUUGCCUGAAGCAUUUAAUACAGGAUUAAGCUUUGGAAUCGAUUCACUUACUGCUUUAGAGGGAACUUUGUUGUUUGAAGAGAUAAUGCAAGCAAAAGAGCACCUGCGCAGACAAUAUGAGGAUUUGUUUCCCAUCUUAAGCAGUUCACAUCCUAAUGUAUUUCCUCCAGAGCUAUAUACAUGGGAGCAAUUCCUUUGGGCCUGUGAGCUCUGGUACUCUAAUGGCAUGGAAGUUAUUCUUACAGAUGGAAAGUUGAGGACGUGCUUGGUUCCUCUUGCAGGCCUUUUUAAUCAUUCACUGUGCCCACAUAUACUGCAUUAUGGAAAAGUAGAUUCAGCAACAAAAUCCUUAAAAUUUUCUCUUUCAAGACCUUGUAGAGAAGGAGAACAAUGCUAUCUUAGCUAUGGGAACUUUUCUAGCUCUCAUCUUCUUACCUUCUAUGGUUUUCUUCCAAAUAGAGAUAACCCCUAUGAUGUCAUUCAACUGGAUAUUGAUGAUCUAAAUGCAGAUGAUUCCAGGAGUUGCCUCGUGUCUGAUUGGACCACUCAUAUGGUGCGGGGGACAUGGUUAUCAACUAUUCAUGAUCUCUUCUAUUAUGGGUUGCCACAUCCAUUAUUAGAUCAUCUCCGUGGGUCUAUUGAUGAAGAUAAGAUGCAUCCAACAGCAUCUAAAAACUUGAUGAAUGAGGUGGAAGUCCUCAACAUGAUCAAAUCCAUCUUCAGUCCUAUGAUGGAUGAACUCGGUGAUCCAGAAGAUAUCGUCAGGGAGAAUCUGAACUGGGAUUUAAAGCUGGCAUUGGAAUUUAAAGAUCUCCAGAGGAGGAUCAUAUCUUCAGUUUUGGACUCAUGUUCUGCUGGUCUUGAAUUGUUGAACAACCAAUUAAAUAGUCAGACCCAAUCCAAACAAAUCGAGGAGAGAAGAAGCCAGUAAGAUGGGUUAGAAGUAUGUGCCCGCCACUACAGAACUGGAAUACUGAUCUUCCCAAUGCAAAUCAAUGCUUUUUGCAGUGCAUC